AUGUCCGAGUCCUCCACUCCCCAUGGUGAAACAAGUCAAGCUCAGCCUGCACCACAGCAACCGCUGAACAGGUCCUGUGAAUCAUGCAGAAAUCUCAAAGUCCGCUGUCUUCCAAAUCCAAACACACCAAACCAAUGUCAACGAUGUUCUAAAGGCAAGAAAGUCUGCACCUUUGUAGCACCACAAAGGCGGCGGCCUCGUAAACGAACCGACUCCCGGGUGGCGCAACUAGAGAAGGAAAUGCGCAUGAUGCGCUCACUCAUCAAAGAUAAAAUUCGUGAAGAAAGCGAGCCUGACUCUUCCGAAGGUAGCGAUAAUUUUCAGGACGAGUCUGGCGACAUGGAUUAUCAAAGCGCAUUGGGGUCCAUCCCGGAGUCCGCCGGUGGCACAUCUGACUCUGCACGAUUAAUGAAGUAUUCUCCUGGCUUCAUCGACACGUCACUUCACGGAGUGCAUGAAAGUGGACCACACUCAGCGCCACCGACCCUUUCUGGGUUGCAUGCUAAUUUUCUCUCUGUGCCCAACAAACCCUGCGUCGAAGAUGUUAUCGAUCGUGGCAUUAUUUCUCUCGAAGAUGCAGAGCAAUUGGUCGCUUUUUUCAUUCAUGAGUUGUCAACCAUUUUCCCGUUCGUCAUACUUCCACAAAACACUACUGCAGCACAGCUACGAGAGGCAGCGCCUGUGCUCUUCCUUUCUGUGGUCUCCGCGGCAGCGAUCUCCAUAGAUGUGGACCUGGCAGGUGUUCUGAACCAUGAGAUGAUCCGCUUGUAUGCAGACCGAUUCUUUAUCGAGGGUGAAAAAUCGCUGGAGCUGGUACAGGCACUUUUAUUGAUGAUGAUAUUUUACUUCCCGCCCAGCUCGCCCUUGAAGCUGCAGUUUUAUCAGUACGCACAUAUCGCAUCAACAAUGGCACUGGAAAUCGGACUUGCAACGAAACGGCGUAUCUCGCAGGGCAAAUUCGAUCGCAAAAAACCCGAAUCGCACGAUGAGCUUAUGGCAGAACAGGCUAGAGCUAUCCUUGGAUGCUACCAUGUUGGAUCGGUAAACAGUGUUGCGAUGAAAAUCCGCCGCCCAAACUUGCUGCAGUAUAAUGAUUGGAUGGAGGAGUGUGUAAGCCAGCUUGAACGAUCGCCUCACCAGACAGAUCGGCGACUGGCUGUAUGGUUUGAGCUUCAGCGGAUCACCGAUGAAUCGUUAUCAUCAUUUGGCCUUGAAGACACUAGUUUCAUGUCGACAUUGACAGAUUCGCGCUUGCAGGCCGUGCUGCGAUGGUUCGAUAAGCAAAUGGAAACGUGGAGAAAGAAUACCCCCCAUGAAAUGCUUACAGGUAAGUCGAUAAUCCCUUCAAGCCUUUAUGAGACGAGUCACUCACCAUCGACUACUGCAGUGCCCAUGAUCAUCGAAUAUCGAUCUGCCGUUCUCGCGAUGUAUGAGGUCAGCAUAGGAGAAGGUUACCGAGACCCCGAUGCGAUCAAACGACGAGAAUUCACACUCCCAAACUUAGACGAAGAUGGCAACACAAAACAAACCACCCAAAUGAGCGUAGCCCGCAUCGAUGUCACGGUGAAAUGGAUGAACGCAGCGCACGAACUCCUAGAUGCUGUCCUAGCCUGCAGCGCCGAAACGAUGCGUCGCUUCCCGAACCUGAUGUACACCCGAUUCACAAUGGCCAUGACAUCCCUGCUGAAGAUCCAUUUCUCAGUGCGGACCAACACACUCGGAGAAUUCCUCUCACCGGAAACUGUGAACGUCAGCUACUACCUUGAUGCGAUGGCCAAUAAACUCGGCGAAGCAAGCGGAGGCGGUAAAUAUAAGAUACCCACUCGAUGGUACCAUGUGAUAGCAGUCAAAAGCCGGGACUGGUAUGAACGCCUAGAAAAAAGAUACUCGGAUACACCAAGUAUGGUGUCUUCAAACCCCCCUGAGCAGAUGUGCUCGACAAAAAUGGCACAGGAUCCGGUUGUACCUAUGGAUUCUUUCCCCGUGGCACCAGAUGUAUCGCUCAUAGUGCCUGGUAUCGAGAAUGGAUAUGUCGCCAUGAGCGGUGCAGGAAUGUGGCCUAUUGAUGGAAGUCAUCAUAACCAGUUUUUCCAGUCUCUCCCUAGGUAUUCGCAACACACUGCUUCGCUUCAGCCGCAGUUUGGGUUUGAUCCACAGAGAUUAUCAUCUCAACAAAUUGCCGGGGCGAGCCUGGAACUUGAUGGGUGGCUUCCAGAUGGAAGUAUAUAUGGCAUGCCUCCUUUGCCUGAAUUUUGA